AUGUUCCGAUCUUUUCUCAAUUCCAUUUUCCUAGGCACGCAAACCCCGCCGGAGUCCACAAUCGCCAAUUCUGCCUCCCCCGACGAGUCAGGUCAGCGAGUGACCGGCUCGACGUGGGAUGUCCACCCAAUCAGCCACCCUGCGACCGCGCCGUGGCAUCUCAACCUGUCGGACACAGACACCGACAAGCUGCUCCACGGGUAUCAGCCCGCAGCGAUGGAAGAUAGGUGGAUGUGCCGUUCGGAUGGACCGGACGAACAGGGCAAUAUAGUGGUCCAUGUGUACCGAAGUUGGACCGGCAACGAACAGUUUCAGAUGAAGGUGACUGCUUCCAGCCUCCGGGAGACCGCACUCCGCGGGUCCGAAGCCAAGAAGCCCGGUGAAAGUGAUGCGGAGAUUACAGAGAUCACAUGGGAUACCGGCAGUGGUGAUGCGCAAAUGUCGGAGGAGGAUGCGAAGAGCUUGGCGACGACGAUUUGUAAAAGGGUACUGGGAUGUGAGCUCGAGAAGGCUUCUUAG